CCGGGUGGCUGCGGGCAGCGGCGGCGGUAGCGGCGGCGGCUGCGGGGUCGGUGUCGCGGCUGGGUUUAGGCUGCAGCGAUUUCGGAGGAGGAACGCCCGUGGGCAGCGCCCCCCCCCACGCGAGGUGACCCCUUCCGAGGGACCGCACCCCGCCCCGCACCUCCGCGUCCCAGCAGGGCGCCAGCCGCCCCCCCCUCCCCCGGAGGCUCUCUGCCAAGAUGGCAUCAGCCGGAGACCCCCCAACAGGCCCGCGGGAUGCAGCCGACCAGAACUUCGACUACAUGUUCAAACUGCUGCUCAUUGGCAACAGCAGCGUGGGCAAGACGUCCUUCCUGUUCCGCUAUGCGGACGACUCCUUCACACCUGCCUUUGUCAGCACCGUGGGCAUCGACUUCAAGGUCAAGACGGUCUAUCGCCAUGACAAGAGGAUCAAGCUGCAGAUCUGGGACACGGCGGGCCAGGAGCGCUACCGCACGAUCACCACAGCCUACUACCGCGGAGCCAUGGGCUUCCUGCUCAUGUAUGACGUUGCCAACCAGGAGUCCUUCACCGCCGUGCAGGACUGGGCCACCCAGAUCAAGACCUACUCCUGGGACAAUGCUCAGGUGAUCCUUGUGGGGAACAAGUGUGACCUGGAAGAUGAGCGGGUCGUGUCUACUGAGGAUGGCCGGAGGCUCGCCGAUGACCUUGGUUUUGAGUUCUUUGAGGCCAGCGCCAAGGAGAACAUCAACGUGAAGCAGGUCUUUGAGCGCCUGGUGGACAUCAUCUGUGAGAAGAUGAAUGAGUCGCUAGAACCCAGCUCCAGCCCGGGGAGCAAUGGGAAAGGCCCGGCCUUGGGAGAUGCCCCACCCCCUGAGCCCAGCAGCUGCAGCUGCUAGAGAUGGUCCCCAACCCCUGCCCACCCCUUCCGGCCUUGGCAGGGACUGUGACUGAGGCAUGAGCCACAAGGGCUGUUUCCAAGCUCAGGGCGCCCCCUUCCCUCCCGUCAGCUGCCCCGUCUCCCGCAUGACCUCUGACUUGCCCGAGCAGCCUUAUCACAAGCUCCAGACCCUGGGGAUUCUGCAUUGCGGGCAGAGUCUGGGUGCGUUGACGUGCACGAGCUUGCUGCUUUUCAGGAAUUCUAAUGGAGGGAGCAUGGGCAGCAUGUCCCACCCCGUCUGGUGGAGGGGCCUCCACAGUGCCUUCUGGGGUUAGAACUCUUGUCCUUGUCCAUUCUGUGUUGGGGUAUUGCCUGGCAUUCACAAGCUGGUCGAAGAUGCUUCGUGGUCUUCCUCCUGCAGUGUGGGUCCUCAGAGUUCAUCCCUGGGGAGGUGGAAGGUGAGUCCUUUCUCAGGGUCCCCUGGUGUGGUCCCAGGCCCACUCAUGAACCUCCUCGGGCCUCAAGCUUCCAAGGUGGGGAGGUGAUUUUAGCCUUUACAGACCCUUCCCUACCGGCCUGUAGAUCCUGUGCCUGUGAAAGCAGUAUUAAAGCAGCUUUUCCCAUAGUAAAGGGGCAGGAAGACAGAGGCCCACACCCUCCACCGGCUUCAGGGACCCCAGAAGUGCCUUCUGAGCUUCCCCAGGAUUCCACAUCACCCACACCCCCGCCACUGUUUUGGCUUAUCCACCGCAGCAUCUCUGAUCCCUGGAUUGAAUUCUGGAACCAUGGGCUGCAUCAGACUGGGCGGAGAAUGGCCCAACCCGUGGCGUUCCUGCUCGGGACUUUUUGCAGGGAGUUAAUCUCAGAGCCAGGAGCCCCGGACCUCCCGCCCCUUCCUGCCUCUCCCAGGCCCCAUUUAGCUGGUGAUGUUUUAAGCAAGGUCUUUCCACAUCUUCCAUCCUGCUAGAAAAGGAAAUUGAGCAAUGUUCCUAUCACCUGCUCUUGCUGGUGACUUGCCAAUAGAAGGACUCGGGCUCCUACCCAUCAAGGACCCUUGAAGACCCAGAGUCCUAUUUCCUGAGCCACGUCAUUGGUGGGGCCCAGACAGGUGAUGUUUCCUGCUAAGGGAGGAGUGAAUCUAAGGGAGGCUAUAGGGUUGGGCUGAAGGGGCAAGAAAGCAGGAUUGGGUAAUUACUGUUGCUACAUGUGUUUCACGGACACAGCUUGGGAGUGGCAGGCUGAUGGGGAUGGGCUGGGAAUCAGUCUCCCUGGUUGACACACGAUCGGGGAGCCCACAAGGCUGGGGUCCCCAGCUGGCGGGGGCUUCUGCUGGGAGAUUAUGUGCAGUCGGGGGAUCUCCAUCUUGCUCUCCACCCCCCCCACCCAGCUCAGUGUUCUUCCUGCCCACCCAAGGGCCAAACUCCAGUGGCAUGGCACCCAUUUGUGCCCCAGAAUACCAACUAACAUCCAUAAUUUGACAGACACUGUGAAGAUGGUCUAAACAGAUGGUUUGUGUACGCCCCCAGCCCCUGCCACCAAAAUGACUUGCUGUAGCCCUUAAAGAGCUCAGCCGCCUCCUCCUGCAAGUGAGGAAGAUCUGGUUCAAGUGGAACUUCGCUCUUAACCUUUACAGAAGCUCUACUUCGAAUUUAUUUCUAGAGAGCCACAUUCAUCCCUUACCAAGCGCUGCCCUUAGAGCUCCAGAGUGAGGGUAUCUGUGAGCCAGCAAGCCAGAUGACUGGUGAAAUGGACAAGUUUCUGGAAACAUACAGUGAGUUUGGGGAAUGUUUCGGGGGCAGGAGUCAAAAAUGUUAGUUGUGUUAACAUAAAGGGGAAAUGAAAGGAGCUAUUAACAAAACAAAACAAAACAAAACCUGUUAAGAUGCACCAUAGGCUGUCAAGAUUCUGUGGGCCACCCCAUUUUCCUUAAGCUGCUUGCCAAAAAAAAAAAA